AUGAUCACCUUGGAGCCCGGCGAUGUGCCAUGUUACAUGCUGUUGGAGCAGCUGCAGGCCAUCAGCCAUCGGAAAGGACAUGAUUUCGGGGUUCCCCGGGUCAUUGGCAAGGCGGGCGCAAUCAUCAAAGAGUUGCGUCAGGCGUUGCAACGGUCGUACCACGUGGCCUUUGCCAAAUCCUCUGAACCCAGGGCCCUGCAGAGCGCAGUGCUGGGCUUGGUGCGUAACGCACGAGGACCCAUGGCGUUGAAGUCCUUGGGAGCCGAGGGUCAAGACGUUGCGUUCCUGGUCCCUGCAAAGUGUGAAGCCUACCUCCAAGACCAGUUGCUGGCUGAAACGAAAUGCUCCAUGCAGGUGGAGAUCAUCGAAGGCCUUCGGAAGCACCGCAAGGUGACCCUGCGAGCCGAAGAGACGCAUGAGCUGCAGGCGGUGGCCUGGCGUUUGCAGGAGAUGGGGGAGUUGCAGCUGCGGAUGUGUCAAGGUGCGCUUUUGACAGAGAGGGACUUCGAUUUGCAGGACACUGCUUGGGAUGAUGUCAUGGAGGCCUUUCGUUCCAAGCGUGUCAACAGAGCCCAGGCGGCCGAAGCUCCCGAAGCUGCCGUGCCGUUGGAGAAGCUUCCGACUUUGACAGCCAGCUCCGAUGUCGAAGCUGAGGCGCGGAAGGCGCGACAGCUGGAGCAAAGGGACUUGGAGGCGCAAAAAGAGAAAGAAAGGAAGAAGCAGUUGCGGGAGACAGCUGCAAGGGAACAGCAGGAGUGUCAAACCGCUGCCCGAGAAGCCAAGAUGUUUGCAGACAAGGCAAGAGAGCUACGCUUGCGCGCUGCCGAGGCCCAAAGCAUGGAGCAGCAGAGUUCUUGCUUGCAGGAGGCUGAGUGCUAUGAAGAGCAAGCACGCCAGGCGAAAGGCCGGUCGACUCGCGGCUAUGGUAUUGGACCCCGAGCACAACAGCAUGAGUACCAGGCUGCCGAGCCGACCGACGGUUCCGCGCUUUCCGCGGCACCUCCCUCGGGGGAGGAGCUGCGGCGGCAAGCGGAGCGCGAGGAGCAGAUUCGGCAGAGGAAGCUGCGAGAUCAGCAAGCGCGGGAGAAGGAACAACGAGAGCGCGUAGCUCUACAUCAAGCCUUUUCUGGAGCAUCCCGAACCCCGGCACAGCCGCCGCAGCCAGCGCCAGCGCAAGUGCCAGCGCAAGCGCCAGCGCAACCACCGCUUCCACCGGCCGAAGAGUGGCCACCCCCACAGCCCCAACGGCCUGCGGCGAGUCAAGGCCCGCCUGAGGCAGUGAACACGCGGCCUUCGAGGCCUUCGGCAGCGGUGAAGGCCACAAACCAUCAGCUGGACCCCGCGGUGCAUCCUUCACCAGCAGCUUUUUCUGGAGACGUGGCAGACGUGGCACUUCUGGUGAAAGCGCCUGAUUGGAAAGCUGCUGAGUACCUGGCCAGCAGUCGCCUGGGAAUAGGUCGACGAACCGGUACAAAGUUGUCGGUGGAUUCGUCCUUCGGCUUUCCACUGCUGCAAAUCCGCGGAACUCCAGUGGCGAAUGCCCUGGCGAGUUAUCUUGCCCAAGAAGCGCUGUGGAUGAAUGGCAGCUUCAAGUGAC